AUGACACAUCGCACAGACAUUCCCUUCACGCGCGCGGCGGCCGCGCUCUGGCUGCUGACGCUGUACUCCCCUCUGACGCUGGGCAUCGGCUUCAAGCCGGAGCUCAAGCUUGAGCUGCAGACCGAGCUCGGCCCAAAGACCGCCGGCGCCCACAGUCGUGAGGCGGCCCACAGCACCAGGUUGAUGUCGGCCCAGGCACUGCAGUACUUCCGCGGGAUCGAGAACGCGUCGUCGAAGAGCCCCCUGCUCCUCAUGACCCUGAAGUCGAGCGAGGUCGUCUCGAUCGGCGGGGACUUCAUGCCAUCGGAAGAAUUCCAGAGCUCUGGCGGGGAGCAGAGGCAGAGGCAGGGCCAGGGCGCAGGUCUGCCCUGGGGCAUCGGCUCGCCCCAGACAGGGAGCAGCUAUCCGGUCUUCCAGUACUCGGGCAUGCCGACGCUGGACUUUCCCAAGUCAGGCAUCGAGUACAGCCUGGAGGCCGGGGGCAACCUCCAGUCCUUCAGCAGCGCCCGGCAGGACGUCAAGAUCCUCACGCAGGUGCUCGAGAACAUCACCAACGGCUUCUACCUAGACACCAACGGCGGGGAUGGUGAGAGGCCGAGCAACACGCUACUGCUUGAGCUCACUGGCUGGCGCGGCCUCAUCACGGAGCCUAUGUUGUACACCUAUGCCAGCUUGUGGGGCAAGAUGAGAAAGGCGUGGAUAUUUCUCGGGUGCAUGUCUCCACACGAAAACGCCACGAAGAUCGGCUUCGAUUGGUACGGCAACAUCGACGAGAACAGCGGCCACCGGAUCCACGCCUACCCCAUCAACAGCUUCCUGGCCGAAAUGGGAGGACUCUCGACGGUUGAUUUCUGGAACCUGAAGACUGGUAAUUAUGAGGCGGAGGUCCUCAAUGAAACUCUGCUUCAUUCAGGAAGCAACAUUGAGUUCGGUGUCGUCCUCGUUAGUUAUGACGGUCGUGGUUCUGGCCUUGGCGACUCGUCGUGGGUUCAGCCCAGGACCAAAGCCGACACCACGGACGAAAUCUGGGCGAUCUUCCAGAGCGCAGGCUUUAAUUAUAUUGGUGGACUGGACGCGUAUUUGAACGACGACCCCACGCCGAGUUACGAGUACCGCGACCAUGUGUUCGUCAACCCUGCUUAUUUCACCGCGCGCAACAUCCCCGUUCCCGGAACUGUCAAGGCGGCUCCCCCGCCACGGUUGGCGGUGAUCCCCAGCAACGCCAGGAGCUGGCAGUCGUUCUGGCACACCUGGGACGAGGGCCUCACUCACGACCAGGAGGUCGAGGUGCUCGUCAACUACAUAUCCAGGGCGCGGGCGGCCGCUGCUCCCACCGAGGGGGCGGCCAAGGCGCAUCGCGUGGACCCGGUUCACCGUGGCCUUCAGGAGGGGGGAGAGCCUGUACAACCCGAUCCCGAGCUACAACCCCACCCGCCCGCCGCCGGCCUAGGCCUGGGCGGCAGAGGCCAGAGGCCCGAGGCCCGCCCUCUGGCGCACCCCGCUCGGAGCGUGGGGUCGGCGGGACUGACGGCGGAGGCGGCGGAGGUCUGA